CUACUUUUUAUACAAAAACAACAAGGUACUUUAGGGGCUGAGGCCCGUAUAUACAAGAAAUAUAAGCAAAAUAGUAUAGAAAUAUCUAGCAUAGAUAACCUAGAGUUCGACAGAAAAAAUAAAAAGGCAAGAACUUUAGCUACUGAAGAAGAAGAAAAUUUAGCCGAAAUUUGGAGAACAAGCUAUAAAGAUGCAGAAAAUAAGGAGUUGCUCCAAACAGUAGGCCAAAACUCAAACAACACAGUUAAUGUUGCAAGCAGCAAUAGUAUGCAGAAAAAUACAGCAGAAAACAAAAAAGAAACAGAUGAGAAAACCAAAGUGGCAGAAGAAGAAAACAGCUGGUUUACCCAAACAAAUGACAUGUUUCAAGACUUGGCAAAACAAACAACACACAUGCCUAAUAAAGUUAACAACAACAAACAUGUGGACAAACACAUAAGCAACAAUUAA